GUUAAGGCAACAAUGAGUAGCCAGCCUUCAUCCAAUGGAUAUUCACACAGAAGGGUUGAAAAUGAGGCAGGGAUGAAUAAGACACAGCCGAUGAAGCCACACUUCUUGAAAAAUACAGCUGGAAGUGUGGAAAGCCCUUCACAUGAUCUGUUUGGGUAUGUCACAACUUGCAAGAUUGGACAUCAUGUAGAAGUUCAUCUAAAAAGUGGAUCGGUUUACAGUGGAAUAUUUCAUUCUGCUGAUGCGGAGAACAAUUUUGGAAUUACUUUGAAAAUGGCAUGCUUGAUUAGGGAAGGUGGUUUACGAGGAAUAAAACCUCCUUGCAAGCCGCCUUCAAAGAUAUUUGUCGUCCCUGCCGAGGACAUUGUGCAAGUUAUAGCUAAGGACCUUCCUGUAUACAACGAUAACGACUCGAAUUCAGUUCAGUGCGAGAAACCGUUAGAGCUGUUGACAGACGCUUCCAUAUCACAGUCUUAUCAUGUCGAUGUGGAAAGAGAGCUGAAACCUUGGGUACCUGAUGAAGAUGUUCCAGAUUGUUCAGAUCUGGAGAAUGUGUUUGAUGACCCUUGGAAGAGGGGCUGGAAUCAGUUUGAGGUCAAUAAGACAUUGUUUGGAGUAACGAGCACUUUUGAUGAGGAGCUGUAUACCACAAAACUCGAGAGAGGUCCUCGGACGAGGGAGCUAGAAGAGCAAGCCCUGAGGAUCGCUAGAGAGAUUGAGGGCGAGAAUACUCGAGAUCUUCACGUAGCAGAGGAAAGAGGGAUUCAGCUGAGUGGAAAGUUUGAUAUUGACGAGGAAACCAAAUACUCAUCGGUCUGUCCGGUCAAUAGAUUUGAUGAUACGGGAUAUGAAGAGGAAGAAGAAAUUUUGUUGGAUUGCCGCAACAGUUUGACUUUUGGUGAUUCAUCUGCUUCUGAUGGCAUUAAUCCUGUUUCAACUGGCAAGGUCUAUGAAGAAUCAUGGGGUGGCAAUCUACCUUCACGGAAUGUCAGUAUUGUAGAUGAGAGCUGUUCGAACUCAAACAAGCAUGCUUGGGAGCUUAUGUUCGAACAGCCAUCCAAAGAUAUUCCUGCUCCAGGCAGCCAGUUUGGUGAGCAGAGAAACGGCAAAACUCUAGAGGCUUCCCAUUAUAAAAAGCCGUCUGAGGAAUCAGUGUCUGGUCUUGAACGUAUGUGCAACAACGUCCAUUCAGAAAACUCUGCAGCUUCCUCAGCAUCAAGUCGUCCAGUACUAUCACCAAGCUCUUCAAUUGGUUCUCCUUCUUCAGAAAAGUCCACUCUCAACCCAAAUGCUAAGGAGUUUAAGCUGAACCCCAACGCAAAGAGUUUCAAGCCAUCUCCAACCGCUACACGGCCUCAGUCUCCAGUACCAGAAGGAUCAUUCUGUUACCCUCCUCUUCCACCGAUGCCCGGAUUUCAUAUUGCAUACGCAAUGGGAGCAGCAUUCCCUGGACAACAACCAAUGAUGCAUAAUAAUACAACACAGCUUGGUACAAAUCAAACAUAUUAUUCUCCAAAUGGUCCACAGUACCCACAACAGAUGAUGGUUGGUCAGCAGAGACCGGUUUUGUUCAUGCCGCCGUCGCCGUACCAACCGGAGAUGCCAUAUAAAGGAAGAGACUCUUAUUAG